GGUGUUUAGGAGUACGGGGGUUCCACGAAACUUCUCCUUUUCGGGUUCCCUUGAAACUGCCGCGCACUCUCGCUCGCUGAUCGCUCUCUGUGGUGUCCUCCGCUGCGUUCGCCCGCGCGCGUUCUCUCUGUUGCCUCUCACCCCCCCUUCCCCACCACUCUCGCUCCUGGUGGCAAGGAAGUCUCGCGAGGUUUGGGAGCAGGGCAUCGCUGCUGCGGCUCGGAGCGGCGCCAUUUUGGGACGGACUGACUGACUGGAGCGAGGAGUUGUGCGCGCGGCGGGGGAGAGAAGCGGUGGCGGCGGCAAAAAGGAGCUUUCAAAUUCGGGACCCCGCUGAAGCUGCGAGCUUUGCCGGGACUUGUCUGGCAGGUGAUUUGGAUUCUGAACCUGGGCCUGGAUAUUUUGCAACUUGUUGCUUCACCUUGUGGAGAAAAGCUAACUGGAUGUUAACCUGUAGCAUCUGCUUGAACUGGACGGAAAAACGUUUACUAAAAAUGGAGCUGGGAUUCUAACUUGUUUAGUUGCUCUUCUGAAGUUCUGAAGUCUGCAGAACUCAAUUUGAAAAGCUUGUGAACUUUUGAAAUACUCCUCUCCCCCCCAGUGCAAGACAUCACCUUGGACUAAAUUUUGCCCAUAUGGAAUGGAUAAUUGUAUACACUUCUUAGGGUCUGCAUGUUGCUUUGAAAAAUUAUUUUUACUUCCUAGUUUAAAUAUUUGUGGCAGAACACAGAUCGACUAGUUCUGCAAACUAGUUCUAGAAGAUUAGAUUAAAUGUAGCUACUAAUUAUUCUUCUGAUCUUCACUUAGAGGUUCAUGGCAAUUAUUUUUACUUUUUUUAAGGUAGUCUGAUAUUGCUUUUAUUUUACAAUGGAUCCUGUUUUCUAAAUGAAGAGACUGGGAACUUUAUUUUUCAUUUGCGUUUUUUAGUAUUUUUUUUUUAAAUGUUGCAAAAAGGCGACAUGGAAAUAUCCAGAUAGCUGUUGUGUGCAGAUGCCUGAACUGACUCCUACUCCUAGAAAUGCGCUCUACUUCAGAUGUGGAAUUUGACUUUUCACUUCUGGUUUUUGUGUCAUAAAAGGUGUAUUUAUUUCUUCUGGAACUGAUGUUCAUGAUAGUAAGACGUACAUGGAAUAGAAAAGAAAAGACGCAUCAAAAGAGAAGACAAGCUCUUAAAAUCAGACUUGUCUGACUUUUGGAUAUAACUUUUGAGUCCUUAAAUGUGAAGAAUGGGUAGCUGAUUUCCAAGGGUCAGCCCCGUAUUUGCUUAGCUACGGAUGUAGUAUCUUUAAGGAACUCAGGAUAUUAUUGCAAGGGAACCAAACUGGAAAACACAAAUAACGGACAGUUAAUGCCAAUCCGUGCAGUUCUCUUGGAUUUUGUUUAUUUUCAACAGAAUCCAGUACUGCCUCAAAGAAUAUAUAAAAUGGACAAAACAACCUAGUUCAGAAAUACUUGCCAUGAGGUUUUGAAGCCUUGUUUCACAGAUUUGGAGAGACUGGACCUAAAUGGCGCAGCAUGACUUUGCUCCAGCCUGGCUUAAUUUUCCUUCUCCACCAUCAUCAUCCAAGUCAUCACUGAAUUUUGAGAAGCCUUCCGAAAGCUUUUCGUGGACAGAGAAUCGUUAUGAAGUUAACCGUAGGCGGCACAAUUCUUCUGAUGGAUUUGAUCCUAGUAAUGGCCGUUCAAAUGGAGGGCAUUUGGGAAGGAAAGAGAGAAAUGGCUGGCGUUCUCAAGGCAGAAAUGGCUCUGAAAACACAAAUCACAGAGGGGGAUACCAUGGGGGAUGUUCACGUGUUCGUACCAGCAGCUUCCACUCUGGGAAAAGCCAAGGGCUACAUGAAAUCAAUGCACCUGAGUGUGAGACUUUGAAGAAGGAAGAUAAAGAAGAACCAAAACAAUUUGAAGCUGAAGAUUUUCCCUCCCUGAAUCCUGAAUAUGAGAGAGAACCAAACCAGAACAAAUCAUUAGCUGCUGGUGUUUGGGAAUAUCCUCUGAAUCCUAAAUCUAGAUCUCCACGAAUGCUGGUCAUUAAAAAAGGCAAUACAAAAGAUUUACAGAUAUCUGGAUUCUCUGUGGGAGGAAAUGUUCAUUCACAGCCAGCUAAGAAUGGAACUGGUACAAGUGUCUAUAAAGGUUUAGUCCCUAAACCUGCCAUUCCUCCAGCAAAGUCUACACAGUGGAAAAGCCAAACAAAGGAAAACAAACUUGGGCUUCCGUUUCCUCAUGAGUCUUCAUAUGGUAUUGGAAACUUCAGUGCUUUCAAAUCUACUGCCAAGCCUGUUGGAUCACAGAACUCAGUGAAAGAGUGUAAUCGGUCAAACUCCUCAUCCCCAGUUGAUAAGCUUGGCCAGCCUCGUUUAACUAAAUUAACGCGAAUGCGCACUGACAAGAAGAGUGAAUUCUUGAAGACGUUGAAACGGGAUCGAGUUGAAGAAGAAAAUGAUGAGAAUUGUGUUGGACAAGAGAAGGAUGAUGAUGAUGAAUUUAAUUUACAUAACAGCAACAAUAGCCACCAAGAGAGGGACAUAAACCGAAACUUUGAAGCCGAAAUUUCUCAAGAGAAUAGAAAUUCUGCAAUGAUUUCCCAGCAAAUCAUCCGGUCUUCAACGUUUCCACAGUCUGAUGUCCUUUCAAGUUCACUUGAAGCAGAGCAUAGAUUGUUAAAGGAGAUGGGUUGGCAGGAAGACAGUGAAAACGAUGAGACCUGUGCUCCACUAACAGAGGAUGAAAUGAGGGAAUUUCAGGUCAUUAGUGAACAGUUACAGAAAAAUGGCCUUAGAAAAAAUGGUAUUCUAAAAAAUGGCCUCGUGUGCGACUUCAAAUUCAGUCCUUGGAAAAACAGCACUUUCAAACCAACAAUUGAGAACGAAGACUCGGAGACAAGCAGCAGCGACACAUCAGAUGACGAUGAUGUGUGAAAAUUGCCUGAAAACCUUAGGAGCUCUGACUUUCAUCUCCUGGAGUUUGAGAAUGAAUUGUUCAAAAGAGGGGAGAACUAUGAUUUUUUGUAGUGCUAUGCCCCGUUAGAGGAAGGAUCUUUGGGACUCCUCAUGAAGGAACCUAAGAAUGUUGUGUUGAUGCGCUUUGUUGAACAUGACUAUAAUUUCUUUGUAAAUGGAUGUUGUUAGAAAUGAGGACUUUGCUCCAACAUUGACUUUCUUCAUCACUGCAGCAUUUCUCUGACUAGCAAUGUGACAAUGUAAGAGAAUGAGAUUUUCUCAUUUAAUAAUAAUAAAAAAGAUUAUGUAAUGUUUGGCAAAGUUUUUGUCUUAAAACUGCAGGUCUAAGGGGGAAAAGGCUGCUUGACACAGUGUGAUGCUUACUGAGACAGAUUUCUUUUACAAUGGAAAUCUCCAGUGUUCACUUUGUGCACAGACAAUAGACAGUGUAGCAUGUUGGCUAAAAAUGACAAAAGUGCACUAAAACAUCCAUUUCCUAAACUGCUGUAAUUGUUCCACUUCUUGAAACAUACCAGUAAUUCUCUAGCAGUUUGUACUACAAUAAUUAUGGAAAAAGACUUGCUUCGAUUCCAGACUUCACAGAACUGGUGUAAAUCAAAAGCUUUAUUUGGAUGCUGCAAGACCCAGGAAUCGGAAUCCUCACAAUGGGCACUGAUUCUUUUGGGGGAAAUAAACAUUAUUUUGAUAAAUUA